AUGGUCCAGAAUGGAUACCAAGACAUUUGGAACAUUGACAUCUCCUCAGUAGUGGUGGACUACAUGAAGAAGAGGAACUCAACCAUCCCGCAGCUAAAAUAUGACACGAUGAAUGUCUGUUCCAUGGGGUUUGACGAGUCUUCUUUUGAUGUGGUUCUUGACAAAGGGACACUGGAUGCCAUCCUGUGUGGUAACGAUUCAGUGGAAAAUGCAUCUGCCAUGCUAAGUGAAGUCUGCAGAGUGUUGAAACCCGGUGGCAAGUUUCUUCUGAUUACAUACGGUGAUCCGCAAGUACGCAUGUUACACCUGCAUGUCGACAGCCUGAAAUGGACCGUCAAGGUUCAUGCCUUGCCAAGGCCUGGAGCAACUGCAGAGAUUGUGCGAAAGACGUUUGAGGUGCCGGGUCCUGCGGAGCCUGGUGCGAAGCCUCUGUCGGUCUUGGCCGGUGAGGUGACAGCGUUCCUCCAACGCAACAACUACAAGGUCAUCGACAUGAAGGAUACCGUCAUAUUUGAGGGGAAAUUGGAGCCUAGCCGCAGCCAGGCAGCAUUUCUUGUGUUCUGCACAGCUCUGAGCCUUGCAAGUGUGGCUCUUGUGCUCACCAUUACAAACCCGGAGAUUGGUGAAUGGUGGUAUUCAAUGAUCGGCAUCUCACCCCUUGCAGGUGUUUAUUACUGGACAAAAUCUAGUCGCACGGAGCAGAUGCAGGUUAAGAUGGUGACUUCUGACGACGAAAAGCGAUUAAAAGGAAUGGCCACGGAAGCCUCGAGCGCGGCAGUGGCGCUUCCGGAUAAGAUGGAUUCCAGCAAGCUUGUCGCAGAAACAGUCGAUGGCGUGGCCGGGGAAAUCCCUGUUAUCGCGUACACAGAGAAGGUCUUGGCAGAGAAAGAAGCGACAUUAAGAAAGAUCAUCCAGGACAACUACGCGAAGAUCCAGGCAGUAGAGAAAGAGCUGGAGGCGCUGCACCUGGAGGUGAAGCUCACGUCGGGGUCCAAGAAGGCGGGCAUGGAGCUGCUGCGCCAGAAGAUCGAGCAGAGCACGGAGAAGGCCAGGCUGCUGCGCAAGAAGGAGGAGCAGGCCAAGAAGGUAUGGGAGGCUGCGGCGAAGCUGGUGGAGGAAGAGGAGCAGAAGAAGCAGCAGCUGUGUGAUGACCUCAGGAUGAUGGUGCAGCAGAACGCGCUGCAGCAGUACGAGCGGCUUGAGGCGCUGACUCACAAGCUGGACGCACUCAACCCCGAGAUGAGGGGCCCAGCACUGGAGGCCAUUCAGGGCCUGCGCGCCAAGAUCGCCCCCCACGGCGUCCUCCCCGUCUAUGUGAGCCUCUCCGCCCUCCUCCCUUCGUUCCCCCGCCACCUUGCUCUCUACCCUUCCAUGUCAGCCCAAGGCAGGGAAGCACCUGCGUCUGCCCAGGGCACGUGCACCCCAUCAGCUGCCCCUGCAGACGCCGCCAACAGCACGGUGCCUGCAUCAACAGCUGAUGCUCCAGCCACCACCCCCAAAGCCCAGGGGACAGAGGGGGACUCGCAGAGCCAAGGGCAGGAAGGUAGCUCUGGCGCCACAGCAGCAGCAGCAGCAAAUGGCAGUAAAGGAGCGGAUGGGGGUGGAGCACCAGCAGUGAGACUGUCCAUAAGCCGUGGGAGAGGCAGGGGGCGGGGGAGGGGCUUGGUUGCCAAGGGGGGAAACAAGGCGGGAGGGGAUGGGCAGUGGACGGGUGCAGGGUUUGAUGUGGAGGAUGAGAGCUUUGCAUGA